AUGGAGAACUAUUUCCAAGCAGAGGCAUAUAACCUCGAUAAGGUUUUAGAUGAAUUUGAGCAAAACGAAGAUGCCGCUGUUUCACCUACUCUAUUGGGUGCAAAGUGGAAUCAGAUUCUAGAUCCGCCUUCUCGUUGUCUGUCAUUUAACCCGACUGUGGCCAACGUGAAUGAAGCUACAACGCCUAAUGAAUGUCAACAGAGACUAAAGUCUUUCUCCUUGUCUCAUUCAGUGACUACACCAACAGGAGGAGGGGAUCACUGUGCUAAUGGAAAGGAUUUUAGCAUAAGCCCAGAAACCCCAAUCAUGUGGAUUGAUGAUCAGGCAGCAGCAGAUGAUCAAUUGAUUAAAAGAAACAGUAAUCGGGAUGAUCAGUGUAACACUGUGGAAACGGGAGAAAAGAAAUGUGGAAAUAUAGCUUGCUUGCCAGAGGAGAAAAAUGUAUUAGUGGUGGCAGUCAUGCAUAACUGUGACAGAAGAACACUACAAAGUGGCGAUUUGCUGGAUUGUAAAAAUUACAACAGUCAGUCCUUAAUGGACACUAUUAGCUUUACACUGGAUAAUGAAAACCGACAAAGUGAUCAGUUUAGUGUUACUGUAAAUGGUUCCAUGGAAAAAGAUAUAGAUACAGAAAAGCAAGUAAAUCAGCUGUGCACUGAAGAUGACUCUGUAAGUCAUUUGAUUAAUGCUUCAUCUGAAAGCCUGACGGUUGCAUGCCCCUCUUCUGGAUUAAAGGAUGAUUUUAAUAUGAGUAAAGAUUCACCAUUUUCAGAAGCUACAACUGCAGGGAUUAACGCAGUGACUCUCUUACAGAGACCAGUUGAUGGUACCACUAAAAUGCAAGAAAAUUGUGCAUCAGUUGAAAAUUUUACUGGUAAAGCCAUUCCUCAGAGAACGGAUCUAGAAGCUAAAAACUCUUCUGAUUCAAGUAAUGGAAGCUUAAUCGUAGAACAGGAAACAACCCAACAGUUACAGUCCAGGCUGUCUGGGCUCACCGAGACUUGUCAGCCGGACGUGGCUGGAAGUGGCAAUUACAAGGAAUGUGUUGCAGAACAUUUCGCCCCUGAGGUUGUUAGUGCCACUGAAAGUGAAGUCAUUGAAUGUGAUAAAAAUCUUGGCACAACAGAAUUGCUCAGCAUGGCAGAGUGUUACCCUGAAUCUCAGGAGAUCACUAAUUGGGAACUGACAAAAUUGAAUGAAACUCUGGGAGAGAAUGGAAGACUUUUGCAGACGAAACAGCCUGAUGAGACAUGUAGUAAUAGUAAAGAAGGUGGAGAUGGGAUGAUGGAGGCAGGCAUAGACUUAAAAGGGACUGGUAUAGAUGAACUUGAAGGGUCCAGUCUCUCUGAUGUGAUGGCUACAUCAGCAGCAAGCUCUCUGUCUAAUGGUUGUGAUUCCUAUGGAAUGCAGAACCCAGUUGUUGCUCAUGUUCCAAAGACUCUACCCUCCAAGGAAGACUCAGUAACAGAGGAAAAGGAGAUAGAGGAGAGCAAAUCAGAAUGUUACGCUAAUGUUUAUGAACAGAGAGGAAAUGAGACAUCAGAAGGGAGCGGUCUUAUUUUAAACAGCACUGGUGACCCCAUAAAGAAAAAUUAUUUACAUAAUCUUUGUAGUCAGGUUUCAUCCAUGCAAGGGCAAACUUCACCAAAACCAGUGACUAAUCUGCAAUCUAUCAGUGUUCCUUUUGGUGGUGCAAGACCUAAACAACCUACAAAUCUUAAACUGCAGAUUCCGAAGCCAUUGUCGGACCACUUACAAAAUGAUCUUGUUCCCCCAAAUUGUGGAGGUAAUAGUAAAAACAAAAAUGUCUUUGGUAAGAUGCAAUUAGGGGAUACAGCAGAUGCGUUUCCUGGUGAAACCUCUUUAAAUGCCUCUGUUACUGAUACUAAUGGGGAACAUUUGGAAGAGUAUGAAUCUGGAGUCUCUAGUAGUCCGUGCCUUGCAGUAGCCCCAGAUAGUCCAGAUAAUGAUCUCAGAGCUGGUCAGUUUGGAGCUCAAGCCAGAAAGCCUUUUACAACUUUGGGUGAGGUGGCUCCAGUUUGGGUUCCAGAUUCUCAAGCACCAAACUGUAUGAAAUGCGAGGCCAGAUUUACAUUCACCAAAAGAAGGCAUCAUUGCAGAGCUUGUGGGAAGGUUUUUUGCGCGGCAUGCUGUAGCCUGAAGUGCAAGUUGCUGUACAUGGAUCGAAAGGAAGCUAGAGUGUGUGUAAUCUGCCAUUCAGUACUAAUGAAUGGUAAGUGGAAAGAGAAUCUGAGAUGCAGUGCUUCACUUUGUGUUGAGCUGCAGUGA